CACCGAGCACGCUAACCCAGCGGCUUCGGGCCUUCCGGGGAGGUGCGCGCGGCCGGGGGCGGGGCCUCCCUCGGGCCCCGCCCACGCAGGGGUGCGUAACAAUGGGGCGGGCCUCGGAACGGCGCUGCAGCGGCCGGGGGCCCUGCGGGGAGGCGGAGUCGCCUCGGCCGCAGCUGCUGCCCAGCUCGGGGAUUUGAAAGAUUAUAAACUCCGGGCGGAGAGGGCGGCGGCGUCGGAUGCGCGUGUGGCGGAAGCGCCGCCGGCAUGAACUACCCGGGCCGCGGCGCCCCGCGGAGCCCCGAGCGUAACGGCCGCGGCGGCGGCGCCUGGGAGCUGGGCUCGGACGCGGCGGGCUCGUUCGGCGGCGGCGGCUGCUGCUUCGAGCACCAGCCGGGAGACGGGGUGCCGCUGGCGCUGCUGCACGCCGAGCCGCUGCACCUGGCGCCGGGCACCGACGACUUGAGCCACCUUGCCCUGGACUCGUGCCUCAGCGACGAGAACUACGACUUCAGCUCGGCCGAGUCGGGCUCAUCGCUGCGCUACUACAGCGAGGGCGAGAGCGCUGGCGGCCGCAGCUCGUCUUCGCCUCCGCCGCCCCUGGUCGCCCCGAACUCGGGGGGCGGCGGGGCGGCCGGAGGGGGCCCCGGGGACAGAAAGCGCGCCCGGCCCGGCAACGCCGCAGCCCGGCACCGCUACGAGGUAGUGACGGAGCUGGGCCCGGAGGAGGUUCGCUGGUUCUACAAGGAGGACAAGAAGACCUGGAAGCCCUUCAUCGGCUACGACUCUCUGCGCAUCGAGCUCGCCUUCCGGACCCUGCUGCAGACUACGGGCGCCCGUACUCGGGCGGAGGGCCGCGAUGGAGACCCGGUGUGCGGCCCGGCCUCCAGCUCCGGGGAGGAAGACGACGAGGACCGCGCCUGCGGCUUCUGCCCGCGCGCAGCGGGGCCCGAGCCCGAGAUGGAGGAGCUGGUGACCAUUGAGCCGGUGUGCGUGCGCGGAGGCCUCUACGAAGUGGACGUCACUCAAGGAGAGUGCUACCCGGUGUACUGGAACCAAGCUGAUAAAAUACCAGUAAUGCGUGGACAGUGGUUUAUUGAUGGAACUUGGCAGCCUCUAGAAGAAGAAGAAAGUAAUUUAAUUGAACAAGAACAUCUCAAUUGUUUUAGAGGUCAGCAGAUGCAAGAAAACUUUGAUAUAGAAGUAUCAAAACCCCUAGAUGGAAAAGACGGCAGUGGGAUCAACUAUUCUGCUGUUCAUAGUUUCAAACUGAGUCGGAAUCAUGUGGAUUGGCACAGCAUGGAUGAAGUGUAUCUCUACAGCGACGCAACAACAUCCAAAAUUGCAAGAACCGUUACCCAAAAACUGGGAUUUUCUAAAGCCUCCAGUAGUGGGACCAGACUUCAUAGAGGUUACGUAGAAGAAGCCACGCUAGAAGACAAGCCCUCACAGACUUCUCAUAUCGUGUUUGUCGUGCAUGGCAUUGGACAGAAGAUGGACCAAGGAAGAAUUAUAAAAAACACAGCCAUGAUGAGAGAGGCUGCAAGAAAAAUAGAAGAAAAACAUUUUUCCAACCAUGCGACACAUGUUGAGUUCCUGCCUGUUGAGUGGCGGUCAAAGCUUACUCUUGAUGGAGACACUGUUGAUUCCAUUACUCCCGACAAAGUGCGAGGCCUGAGGGACAUGCUGAACAGUAGUGCGAUGGACAUAAUGUACUAUACUAGCCCGCUUUAUAGGGACGAGCUAGUUAAAGGCCUUCAGCAAGAGCUGAAUCGAUUAUAUUCCCUUUUCUGUUCUCGGAAUCCAGACUUUGAAGAAAAAGGGGGUAAAGUCUCAAUAGUAUCCCAUUCCUUGGGGUGUGUAAUUACUUAUGAUAUCAUGACGGGCUGGAAUCCAGUUCGACUCUAUGAGCAGCUGCUACAGAAAGAAGAAGAGCUGCCUGAUGAACGGUGGAUGAGCUACGAAGAGCGGCAUCUUCUUGAUGAACUCUAUAUAACGAAGCGACGGCUGAGGGAAAUAGAAGAACGGCUGCACGGACUGAAGACGUCGUCCAUAACACAAACACCUGCCUUAAAAUUUAAGGUUGAGAAUUUCUUCUGUAUGGGAUCCCCACUAGCAGUUUUUUUGGCAUUGCGUGGCAUCAGACCAGGAAAUACUGGAAGUCAAGAUCACAUUUUACCUCGAGAGAUUUGUAACCGCUUACUAAAUAUUUUUCAUCCUACAGACCCAGUGGCCUACAGGCUAGAGCCGCUAAUUCUGAAGCACUACAGCAACAUUUCCCCGGUCCAGAUCCACUGGUACAACACCUCAAAUCCUCUACCUUAUGAACACAUGAAGCCAAACUUCCUCAACCCAGCAAAAGAACCUACCUCAGUCUCAGAGAGUGAAAGCAUUGCAAAUAUCCCGAGCCCCGUGACCUCCCCGGUCAUGUCACGGCGCCACUAUGGAGAAUCUAUAACUAACAUUGGCAAAGCAAGCAUAUUGGGGGCUGCUAGCAUUGGAAAGGGGCUUGGAGGAAUGUUGUUCUCGAGAUUCGGACGUUCUUCAACAUCACAGCCAUCUGAGACAUCUAAAGACACAGUGGAAGAUGAGAAGAAGCCUGUCGCUUCACCUGCUACUACCACCGUGGCGACACAGACCCUGCCACACAGCAGCUCCGGCUUCCUCGACUCUGCAUAUUUCAGACUUCAAGAAUCGUUCUUUUAUCUCCCACAACUUCUUUUUCCGGAAAAUGUAAUGCAGAGUAAAGAUGAUAGCCUCGUGGAGCUGGAGCACAGGAUUGACUUUGAACUCCGAGAAGGCCUUGUGGAGAGCCGCUACUGGUCAGCCGUCACGUCGCACACUGCCUACUGGUCAUCCUUGGACGUUGCUCUUUUUCUUUUAACAUUCAUGUACAAGCACGAGCGUGGUAACGACACAAAGCCCAGCCUGGAUCCAAUCUGAACUCUUGAAGGAUAUGAAUGGCCCAAUACUUUUUUUUUUCUGUUAAAAUGUGUCAAGAUAUGGAGAGUUAAAGGUUCCAGUUUUUUUUUAGGGCAAGAAAUACUUUAAUUUAAAAGCACUUUAUUUUCAAAAGAGAACAAAAACACAUUUUCAGUUCUAAAGAAAUUAUUUACUGUUUCUGUAAUUUUGAUUGUGAGUCUAGCAAAGCCCCUGCAGAGAAUCAGCAGGCGUGGAAGUGUGGAGGGCUCAGGUGUGGGGAAAGCAGCCAUCUUUCCAUCGCAGCCCAGCUCUCCAGAAGGAGUCUGAUACAGUGUAUUGACCUACAGAUGUUGUGACUCUAAGGUGGUCAGAGUUGAGUACAUUCUGUGUGAAGACCACAGGGUGGCAUCAUGGGGUUUGAUUUUGUGAAGGUUUCCAUGUCCACAGUUACUUUGAAAGAAGAAUAUAACAAAUUUAAAAUGUUCUAAAUUUAACUUGUUUUUUAAAAAACAACUAAUGCUAAAAAGCAAUAUUUGAACUACUGUACUUAUAAUUUAUUACCUCUAGUUAUUUCAGCAUAUGAAACAUUACAUUUUUAAUGUUUCUUUUGAGCCACAUUUAUUUUGUAUCAUGUUGAGGCCCUUUCUUCUCAAUCCACCUCUGUCCCUUUAGAUGACCAGAUGAUGCUGUGGCAUACUUCCAGGUUUUGGGGGCUUUUGUUUGUUUUUGUUUUGUUUUUCAUUAAAAACAUGGUUUUACACAGUACUAGUUCAAUUUUUUUUUCUUAUUUUAUGAUGUCACAUGUACCUCAGAGAAAGCUGAGAGUUUCAACACAGGGACUCCACGUUGGGUACACUGCAUUGGCUCUGUUAAGAAAACACCUUUGGGCUAGAGCGUAUGAUGACUUGAAAUAUGUAAAACCUGUGUGCCAAGGAGCUAACACGUCAAGGGAUAUAAUUCCACCAUCAUUAAUAUUUAGCGCUCUAAAGAAAACAUGGAGACUUGGGCAUAGGAAGCGACAGGUUUCCACAGUGCUUUUCAUCUGGUGUGCAUUCUGUGCUGUGUGUAGAUGAUCCCUGAGGUAAGUAACACAUGUUACUAAGUCGCAUGUUUACAUACUGAGGCACCAGUGUUUGAAGUGCCUUGCAUUAGGUUGCACCGCAAAUUGAGAGAGUUUGCAUGAAAGGCAGACAGACCAUCUCCUUUUCUGUGCUACACGUGACCCUGAACAGUCUGCAGAUGUGAGUGAGCUGGAGAAUAACAGCCCAGCGUCACCUACAGAUAGGUUCUAGACUCACUGAAGGCGGCAGUAGCUGUUCUCGCUAUGGCCAACACUUGCCUCUGGGUAGCUCUCCCUAGACUCCACACAAGGUGCUGUCUUUUCCUCCUGUGUAAGGCAGGGAUUUGUAGCUGCAGGGAACAGAGCCAGUCAGCCCACAUCUGCCCUGCUCUUUCCUCUGUAGCGUGGCAGAGCCCGCGACUUUCUGUGGCUGUUACUCCUCGCCCUUAGUGCUAUCGGCUCAUUGUUCAGCAUGCAGCACUUAUUUCUAGUGUUUAAGGAUGUCGGCGCCACGUGACCAAGAGGCUUUUGAUGACUGUCAGGAGAGCUGGGGCGUCGUCUUUUGAGUUUGGAGGUUGCUAUGAACUCAGGUCAUUUUCAUUGCCUAUUUAUUUAGCAGGUCUCAUCUAAUUCUCAGGAAUGCCGAACCCGUUUCUUCUGACCGUUGUUAAAGGUGGGUGAGCGCAUCAAGUGUCAAUGAAAGGAGUAAGGCUUUUCCUCACAUCUCAGAGUUGUUGGGUUUCACUGCUGGAGUUUAUGUAACUCCGGGAGAGAGCAGGGCUCAAACCACGCCUUCAGUAAAGAACAGAUGUUCUGCAUCUCUGGACAGCUGUUUCCGGUUCAUCAUUUCAUCAAUAUUGAUGCCGAUUUUGGUUUUAUAGUUCUUGUCUUUCCAUGUCUGCAUGUAAUCAUGGGAUAUGUUGGUGUAUACUAAAGAAAUAUACCAAGUAUGUGUAAUUCUGACUUGAUUUAGAAGCUAAGUCAAUUAUCAAGUAACAGUUCACAGUUUUACUCCAGCAAGUACUAAACUGGCCCCUAAAAGUCCUGAUUUUGAUACUAAUUAAAAUUCUAUUCUCUA